CUCGACAACGUAUUCUGCACCCUAUAUAAGCAGCAGCAAACGCAUCACCACUUCUCACACAGCUAGCCAGCCAUCCGAUCGAUCAACCAAAAAAAAAAAAAAACCGAGCUCGAAAUCGCAGAGGCAAUCAAUCCCGUUGGACGUACCGGCCGGACAUAUGGCUUCCAAGAUCGCCGUCUCCCUCGCGCUCGCCGCACUGCUGGCCUGCGCCGCCGUGAGCAGCGCGGCGAGGAGGAUGGAGGAGGAGCACCACCAGCCGGCCGCGGUUUUCCCGGAGCACGAGCUGCCGCCGCUGCCCAAGGUGGAGCUGCCGCCGUUCCCGGAGGUGCACCUGCCGCCCAAGCCGGAGCUGCCGCCGUUCCCGGAGGUCGACCUGCCGCCCAAGCCGGAGCUGCCCGGCAUCCCCGACUUCCACUUCCCGGCGGCCAAGCCAUGAUCGAUCUGUGUACUACAUGCAAAUCCAGUAGUAUCGUAUGAACUGUUGCCGGUGUGUCAGGCUUGUGGAGAGUUUUUCACUUUUCAGCGUGUGCUUCUCUUGUGUGUGGGAGUUCGACGUCGUUGUUUGAGUUGUGCAUUGAUAAAAUGAACUUAUAAAUUAAUAUUUCUUAUUGUCAAGAUCA